AUGACGACAGCCGCCGCCGCCGUUGAGCCUGUGGACGGUACAUCGGUUGAUGCAGAGACAGAUUCUCCCGUUGCCGAGAACAACCGCCCCGCGUGUACCGAGUGUCAGCGGCGGAAGCAAAAGCGUCGGAAGGUUGCCGACGAAUGUCGGUACAACGACUCGAACCCCCCGCCCAUGGCGACGGCAUCCGACGACGCCCCGAGCCAGGAGCCCCAGAUACAAGACCAGGCCAAGGCUGGAACGGGCGACUGGCGCGAUGCUCCUCCUUCGAUUAGUGCUGGCCGAUCUGAUGCAUCCUGCCCUUCCGAGGACGACACCCCAUGGUUCGACGUCCUGGCCUCGGCUCGUGUCUUCAGCAAACUUGGACUGGAGCCAUCGCGUAAGCCUUCCAAGGUGGCACCGAAGGAGGAUUUUGCCGCGGCGGGGUCCUCGCCCCAGAUGGACCGCGUCCUGCAACUGCUCCCGCAGCGUCAACAAAUGGACAAACUCAUGAAACUGUUCGUCAAAGAUGUCAACUAUCACUACUACAUCAUUUUCCCCCAGGACCUCUUUUACGAGUAUCACAUCUGGUGGGAGAGGCGAAUGAAGAACAAGCCUGUCACCCUCCAGUUUACGUGCCUCCUCGCCAUGAUCUGUUCUUGCUGUAUUCAACACGCCGAUAAUGAAAUGCAGCAUGAGCUGCAGCAAAUCUCAGGCCUCGACUCGGACACCCUGUCGGAGCAGCUACACAGCGCCGUCAGAGAGCUCGCUAGCGUCAUUCCCAUCGGUCACUAUCAUAUUUUCAACGUGCAGCGUCUGCUCCAAUCGUGCUAUUGGUACAAGGCCGAGGCUUCCUUCCUCGAGGCAUGGCAAGUCCUCAGCGCUGCCAUCCUCGAAGCCAAGGAGCUGGAGUUUCACAAGGAACCUCCCCCAGGCAGCGAGUCAGAGCAUGAUUGUGAAAUGCGACGCAGACUAUGGUGUAUCCUCGACACCUGGGACUGGCAAAUCUCCUCUGGCCUCUCUAGACCCAAGAUUAUCGACCGAGCGGACUGUGAUGCUGCGCUUCCUUCAUUAACCCUCGAGACAUUUCCCGGAAAUCCGCCGUCUCCCCUUCUUCACAUGAAGAUGCAGUCCGAGCUGACGCGACGACUGGCCGACCGAUUCAGUGCCCCAAAGAACAUCAUCAACACCGCAGAGGUACGGGAAUACCAAAGUUUGAUCGAGGAUUGGGUUCGCCAAUUUCCCCGGGUGUAUGAUGUCGAAAACCCGGACACGUCCAAGGAUGAUGUCUCCGUAUGGGUAGUCUCACACAGAUACUACCUUUAUACGAUGGCCUGCUUGUUGAUUUUGAAUCCCAUCAGACAUUACAUGGUCAAGUCGUACACGUGGGAGUCGCCGCCCGAGGAAUUGGAAGUCCGUCAAGUAGGCGUCGAUUAUUCCUUGAAACUUAUGGACACUAUGCGGAGUUGGGUCGAUCGAAUUGAUAACCGCGAUGGCCGGCUGCACUUCAUCAUAUUCUCCAUCUUCGAUACGGCUGCAAUACUGUGCACCGCCAUUAUCAAGGACCACGAACAUACGCUGCAGAGAAAAGAUGCAAUCCUGGCUUCUAUUUCGGAUGGUGUCGCCAUGCUGGAACGGCUGAACUCAAUCUCCAAAACAUCGAAGACUUCGUACGAUCUGCUUCAGAGUCUGGCACAACGGUUACCGCAAAGCAUUGAUACUCGUCCGAAGAUGCGGCGGAAGAAGGUCAAGACAUCAAGUGUGAUUACGUCAAAACCAGCACCUCCCUCGAUGCCGCCCCUUCCCCAGGUUCCUCCUCCCGUCGUUGAUACACCGGCUGCAAUGCCGCCAGCUCACGUCCAGCCACCUGCAGUGGUGGAUGCAACUGCCACGUCAGCUGGCCCAGAUUUCGCCCAAGGUAGCACUGUCUCGUUGCCUGUGCCACGGCUGAUCUAUGAGAGAAAUCUUGCGACGGCCGCUGAUGCCCGCAAGGACAAUAAUACCUACGCGGGCUACUCGACAUGCUUGGAAGGCAACCAUCCUGACAUGGACUUGCUUUCGUCUGCCAUGGCCGGCGACGGGGUUCAUGGCUUCUCUCAACCUGUUGUUUACGGCUCUACCGGCUUCCCGCCUCCUCCGGUGGAUGAUGAACCGCCAAAUUUCGAACUUGAAACCGUCACGCAAGAUCAACUCGGAGGACUCGCGCCGUUGUGGAGCUGGCAUUCGGAGAAUUUGGGCAUUGGCUGCAUGCCAGCCCCCGCUUCAGCCCCUGUUUCCGAUACUUCUGUCAACGCAGUGCAGCAGCAACAGGCUCCGGAUCCGAUUUCCCACCCUCAGCAUUACCAACAGAUGCAUGGAUAUCCUCAGUCGCAAUCUCAUGCGUAG